CCCUUCGUCCCUCGCGGCCGCGGCCCCUCUAGGCGCCGGCGCAGCGAUGGCGGAGGCGGUGGAGCGCACCGACGAGCUGGUCCGCGAGUAUCUGCUCUUCCGCGGCUUUACGCACACCCUGCGGCAGCUGGACGCCGAGAUCAAGGCGGACAAAGAGAAGGGGUUUCGGGUGGACAAGAUAGUGGACCAGCUGCAGCAGCUAAUGCAGGUGUACGACCUGGCCGCCCUGCGGGAUUACUGGAGCUACCUGGAGCGGCGGCUCUUCAGCCGCUUGGAGGACGUGUACAGACCCACCAUCAACAAGCUCAAGACCAGCCUGUUCCGCUUCUAUCUCGUCUACACAAUCCAGACAAACAGAAACGACAAGGCCCAGGAGUUCUUUGCAAAGCAGGCCACGGAGCUCCAGAACCAGGCCGAGUGGAAGGAUUGGUUUGUCCUGCCCUUCCUGCCGUCGCCGGACACCAACCCCACCUUUGCUACCUACUUCUCCCGACAGUGGGCGGACACCUUCAUCGUGUCCCUGCACAACUUCCUGAGUGUCCUGUUUGAGUGCAUGCCGGUCCCCGUGAUCCUGAACUUUGAUGCGGAGUGCCAGAGAACCAACCAGGUUCAGGAAGAAAAUGAAGUUCUACGCCAGAAGCUUUUUGCGCUGCAGGCUGAAGUCCACCGGCUGAAGAAAGAGGAGCAUCCUCCAGAGGAGGAAGAGGCCUUGGUCCAGCACAAACUGCCGCCCUACGUCUCCAACAUGGACCGCCUGGGGGACUCAGAGCUAGCCAUGGUGUGCAGCCAGCGGAGCGCCUCCCUCUCCCAGUCGCCUCGCGUGGGCUUCCUGUCCUCACUGCUGCCUCAGAGUAAGAAGAGUCCUUCGAGGUUGUCACCAGCCCAGGGCCCCCCUCAGGCUCCAAGUGUGGCCAAGAAAGGGUCUUUCAGCAGCCAGGCCACCAAGGGAAAGGACCCAGCACCCGGGGCCAAGGACGGGAAGAGCCUCCUGGGGGGGCUGGCCCCUGCGGAGUCCAGCUGGGCGCAACACCGGCAGCGGCGCCUGCAGGACCACGGCAAGGAGAGGAAGGAGCUGUUCUCCACCACGUCUUCCCAGCAGCCACAGGGUGCGGAGAAGAAGCCGGAAGCUAGCGGCCCAGAGGCGGAGCCCUGCCCGGAACUGCACGUGGAGCCCGCGGAGCCCCUGACACGGGCGUCCUCGGCCAGCGCAGAGGGGGCAGGAGCCCGCCCCGAGCAGCCCUUCAUCGUGCUGGGCCAGGAGGAGUACGGGGAGCACCACUCGUCCAUCAUGCACUGCAGAGUGGACUGCUCGGGCAGGAGGGUCGCCAGCCUCGACGUGGACGGCGUCAUCAAGGUGUGGUCCUUCAACCCGAUCAUGCAGACCAAAGCGUCCUCCAUCUCCAAGUCGCCCCUGCUCUCUCUUGAGUGGGCCACCAAGCGAGACAGGCUGCUCCUGCUGGGCAGCGGCAUGGGGACGGUGCGUCUCUACGACACAGAAGCCAAGAAGAACCUGUGUGAAAUCAGCAUCAGUGACGACAUGCCCCGAAUCCUGUCUCUGGCGUGCAGCCCCAGCGGGGCCUCCUUCGUCUGCUCGGCGGCAGCUCCAAGCCUCACUUCCCAGGUGGACUCCACAGCCAAGGGCGUGAACCAGGUUCCCGGCAAGCUGCUGCUGUGGGACACGAAGACCAUGAAGCAGCAGCUCCAGUUCUCCCUGGAUCCCGAGCCCAUUGCCAUCAACUGUACAGCCUUCAAUCACAACGGGAACCUGCUGGUCACGGGGGCGGCCGACGGUGCCAUCCGGCUGUUUGACAUGCAGCAACACGAGUGCGCCAUGAGCUGGCAGGCGCACUGCGGGGAGGUCUACUCCGUGGAGUUCAGCUACGACGAGAACACCGUGUACAGCAUCGGCGAGGACGGGAAGUUCAUCCAGUGGAACAUCCACAAGAGCGGCCUCAAGGUGUCGGAGUACAGCCUCCCGGCGGACGCCACGGGCCCCUUCGUGCUGUCCGGUUACAGCGGCUACAAGCAGGUGCAAGUGCCCAGGGGCCGGCUCUUUGCCUUUGACUCGGAGGGCAACUACAUGCUGACGUGUUCUGCCACCGGGGGCGUCAUCUACAAGCUAGGUGGUGAUGAGAAGGUCCUGGAGAGCUGCCUGAGCCUGGGUGGCCACCGGGCCCCCGUGGUCACCGUGGACUGGAGCACCGCCAUGGACUGCGGGACCUGCCUCACCGCCUCCAUGGACGGCAAGAUCAAGCUGACCACGCUGCUGGCCCAUAAGCUCUGACGGACGUGGCCCGAGCGGCACCAGGGAAGCAGUGUUAGCCUGGGCGCCCUGUGAAUCCGCAGGGAGAGGUCUUCCGCGGGGCUCGGGCACUGCCCAGCUGCCGUGACUGGAGGGGAGCCCGUGCAGGAGGAGGCGGGUGCUUCCCAGAGACCAGUGCAGUGGGCUGUGCCGGGAGCAGCCUUUAGCGUGCGGGAGGAAGCGAUGUGACGGUGGCUGCUGUGUUGGCCCAGGAGAGACGGACAGUAUUUUGUAUAUAUUUGCUCACUUUUUAAAAAAAAAAUUCUGUGGUCA